AUGUUAAAUAGAAAAGGAGAAUAUUAUUGAAUGUUCGUAGUUCGUACUUCGUACGCAUUGUGUUUUGGAAAUAAAGCAAACUAUACUGUAAAACAAAUUUUGCACAUUAAAGCUAGUAAAAAUUUUAACACGUCAUUGUUGCACCAGUGUCCGCGUCCACCACCUUCCCAACAUCUUCAAAUACAAUGAAUAUGCCUAACGCAGAUGUAAACCGGGACCAAGUAGAUGUGGUGAUAAUAAACAAACAAGUGAGAGUUAUUCACUGCUGUGAUGGUGUUGAAGAGGAAAUCGAAGAGACAAUGUUAGAUGAAAUUAAUAUGUCUCCAAAUGAUGUGGAAAAUAUUGAGCCUCAAACACUCUCUUGGGGUCCUUGGAUCUCCUACUACACAUGGAAAUCUGGUACCAAAUUAUUAAAAGUAGUUGACUAUGCUGGAGAAACAUUAGCAGAUUUCUUUGGUAUCACAACUCCAAAGUAUCAAAUUGAGAUUAAUGAAUAUGAGCGCAUUCAAGAGGAAAAUAAAAGAUUAGAAGAAGAGUCUGCUGGUUGGGUCCCAAGAAAUAUUGGUGGUGAUAUACCACUGGUUUUGAAUGAACCUGUAAGGGAUAAACAUACAGUCUGAAUUAAAAAUAAUCUAAUCUUAUACUUGGCUUAUGAAACAUAGUCUCAUAAACAUACUUCGAAGAUUAGCAAAUAAAAAACUAUAUAUUUAUAUAUAAGAGCUUUAAAUGGGUUGUCAAGUAUAACUUUAUAGCCAGUGUUAACUUUGUGGUGAAGUGUAUAAUUCCCCAAAGUGAUGUAUUCUAGGUGAGACAUUACAUUCUUCUAUGUUCACAAUAAAAGUUUGUACUGUUAAAGGAAGAUGUCUUAAGAAAAAUGGCAUGUCUUAGACACAUUAUCAACCUUGUGUGAUAUAAUGUCUUUAAAGUUAUGAAUAAAAAAAUUAUUGAAACAGAUGCAAAACUGUAGUUGCCUUGGGCUACUGGCUCACAUAAUUUCCAUACAAAAGUGUAGUUUGGUUGUUCAAGUGAAUAAAAUUAAAUGUAAAUAAAAAAAUUUAAGGCAAUAAAUUAUUUUACUAACUUUGAUAAAUAUAAAUUUUAUAUAUUGUAUUGAUUUAUUGUGGGAUAUUUUUAAACAGUGAUUAUUUUAUAAUUGUUAUAAGUGCUCAUGCAACAAAAAUAAUGUUUCUCAAGCAGUGCUGAUGUCCAAAGAAUGUACACUGAUUGUAUAUGCUUAUAAUGAAAGACUAAAAUUUGGGUAUUUAUCAUUAAAUAGUAACUUAGAGUCGAGUUGAGUUGCGAGUAUAAUAUUGAUUAUUGAUUCCUACAUUAAAAUUAUAAAAUAUUCAUGAAUACUAUUAAAUGACAUAUUAUGGUAUUAUGUAGUUGACUGGUUUUAUUAAGUUGAAAGCUGUAUAUAUUAGUGAAACUGAAAACUGCUAUUAAAAGCAUAUAAUUUGAAUCUGCCUGUUAGGUUCGUAUAUUAUUUGUGUUUAAAUUAGAUCUCUGUUAAUAUUAUUUAAAUAAUAAUAAAUUUUUAUUCAAUACU